GAUCCACCUCUGCAAUCUCCCCGAUUAAAUCCGCAACCCCGACGACAGCUUGCUUGUUUGCCAUGCCGAAGGAAAAAGCUUCGGUGUGAUCAUCAACGCCCCUGUAGCAACUGUAUGCGAUCGAGAAGCAAAACAUGUACUUAUCCACGGAAUCAAGGUGGCCUUACCAGUGCCACACCGCUUCCUUCGCUUCGUAGCGAGCCGAGAAGAGGAGAGGUUGCGGCUAGAUCACCGAGCAGCGUUGCGAAUAGCGGCGUUGACGAACAUAGAGUCGGACAUGAUGAACUACCACCACGCGAGUUGUGGCAGUCGUCCGCUCUGGGCGCCUUAGCGAUCACGGUCCCUCCAGGAAGUGAAAUUGACUCAGCUAAUGCAGCCUCUGUGCCGCAUAUUGGCAGCACUUUCGCAAGGGAGCCGCGGAGGCCGUCUCAUGUCAACCAUGAUGAAAGCCCGAUGGACCGCCAACCACAUAUCUCCGGUCUUCGUACGACUUCUAACAUAUCCCCGUAUAUGGAUACAUAUCCAAUAAGCGGUUUGAUAGUAAAAAAGCGCUACGUCUCUCCGACUCAUUGGCUGUUCUGCUCUACGUUGUCACCCCAUGCUUUAGAUUGGCUCGACGAGCAGGCGAAAAGGCAAGGGAGAAUCUGGAAAGACAUAAUGACCUGCAAAUUGCUCGCUAGGUCAAUCAAAGCCAGACGGAUUCUCCCGUGGACGCAAGGGCAGUACGGCCAAUUCUUGCCGGCCAGGAGUGUGGCGGAUAAACUCAUCGAUGCCUACCUGCGUACAUUUGAAUCAGUCUACAGGAUCAUCCACGUUCCUACAACUAGGCGCGCCUACAACUCCUUGUGGGAGAACUCUGGCCUAGUAAGUUCGGCACACGUAGUACAGCUGCAACUUUGCCUUGCCAUCGGUGCUUGUUUCUACGACGAAGCGUUCUCGUUCCGUCCGCAAGCACUACAAUGGGUACGGGAAGCAGAACACUGGCUCGCGGCGUCAGGGAAGCUUCGCUCGACAGUCUUCGACAUUCAAACAAUGUGUUUGUUGCAGCUGGCCAGACAGACUUCCCAGCAUCUGCCAGAACAUCAGGUCUGGGCCAGCUCUGGCGCUUUGGUCCGGGCUGCUAUGGCUGAUGGUUUGCAUCGCGACCCGGCAAGGUUGUUGAAUAUACCUGGUUCAGAAAUCGACGUAAGACGGCGUCUAUGGGCGACGAUCCUCGAGCUCGUGUUAGAUUCUAGCAUUGAUGCGGGCGGCCCGCCAAUGAUCUCGUCUGACGACUUCGACUGCUCUCUGCCGUUGAACUUGAAUGAUGAUGAGUUGGAUAUCGAUUGCGACGGCAAGAUUGUGCCACACGAUCUGACGGAAUACACUGAUACAUCAAUUCAGAUUGCCUUAGGUCGCACCCACGCCAUACGAUUAUCUGUCGCCAAGUAUGUCAACUGCGUAAAAGCUAAUCAUUCUCACGAAGAGACCCAGAGGCUUAGCUCCGAGCUGAUGAACGCAUAUCGCUCCGUAGUGAAAUACUUAUACUCACUAAGUCCGCAGCCCUCCAAGUUCCAGCAGCGGUACUGCGAGUUCGUAUUUGCACGCUACAUCUUUGCUCUCCAUAUACCGUAUAUGCCACGGGCUUUAAAAGAUCCUGCCCAGUUUUACUGCUCUCGGACCCUUUGUGUGGACACCGCACUGAGAUUUGUGACUUCCUUCCUCCCGCUCACAUCUUCUCUUCAGGAGCCCCUCAUAGCAACUAUGAAUAAAAUCCUCCCUUUCGAAGAGCACUGCGGCGAUAUCGAUCGUCUCUUCCUCUGCGGUGGUGGCCCCUUUCGGUCGAUACCGUGGAAGUGCUUUACGGUCAUCGCAGCAGACCUAGCGGCAUUGCUACGUCAAGCGCAUGAUACUUCCCCGUGGAUGAGCGUAGUACCGUUCUGUCAGACGCACAGUUGUAGCAGGGCCCACAGCAUCGAGCUAAUCACGUUGCUCCGAGAAGCAGCAAAGUUGACGAAGAAACGAAUCUAUGCCGGCCAUCAUAACGCGAAAGAUAUCGUCUGGGUAAACGUAAACCUCGCCGGGAUCGAGGCAGCGAUGGAAGGCAAGCCGGCUGAACAAGCCAUGGAUGUGAAGGGCAGGGAAGUACUAGCUGAGGCCAUAAGCAUUUUUGAGGAGAUGGCCGGCACGAGAACGGUUUCUUGGGACGAUCCUCCUAGCUUAAGGGAUGAAAGGCUUUUGGCUGCCAGUGAAUUUUGGUCGAUGGGAUUUGCUGGUAUAGAAUGGGAUACUAAUAUAGGUUAUUGAAGCAAUAUCUCGCGACAUGGUCAGUACAUCGUCGUGAUUUUAUCAACGAGAACAAUCUAUGUUUUCACCCGCUACCACAUGUCCUCCUUAUCGCGCUCUUCAACUUUGCUUGGGUACCUAGCAUUGUAUUCCGCAAACAAAAUGAAUAUUGA